UUUUACAUUUGCCGAGUCAGCGAAAAUGCGGAGGACGAAUCCGUCUUCGCGGAGCCUGGCCGCUCAGGUGGAGCCGGACGUCGGGAACAUUGUGUUUGCCACGGGCGGCUACGACCACUCGGUCAAGUUCUGGCAUCCACACGACGGCGUCUGCUACAGAACAGCGCAACAUCCCGAAUCGCAAGUGAACAAGCUGGAGGUGACCCCCGACAAGAGACUAGUAGCAGCUGCAGCUUACCAGCAGAUCCGAAUGUAUGAAGUCAACUCCUCAGAACCAUCUCCUGUGUAUGUUUUUGAAGGCAUCUCAAAGAACGUGACUGCAGUGGGUUUCUAUGAGAAUGGACAGUUCAUGUACUCCGGAGGAGAGGAUGCCACUGCCAGGAUAUGGGACCUCAGAAUGGGAGGGGCAUCUCAGCAGUGUCAGAGGCUAUUUCAGGUGAACACUCCAGUCACCAGCAUCUGUCUCCACCCCAACCAGGCCACGCUGGUGGUGGCAGAUCAGAGCGGCACCAUAUACCUCUGGGACCUAUCCACCGACCACAAUGAACAACACAUUCCUGAACCAGAUGUGUCCAUUCUCGGGAUCGACAUAGACCCAGAUGGAGCCUACCUGGCUGCCGUCAGCAGUAAGGGUACGUGCUACGUGUGGAGUCUGUCUAGCGGUGUAGGCACCAGCCCCAUCACACUCACCCCUCGUGUCAAGAAAAACGCCCACUCCCGCUAUGCCCUCAAGUGCCAGUUUAGCCCUGACUCUAGUCUGCUGGCCACGACGUCAGCCGACGGGACGUGCAAGAUCUGGUCCACGGCUGACUUCUCCCUGAGGAACACACUCAAGAAGAGUCCAGACCGAUGGGUGUGGGACUGCGCCUUUUCCAGCGAUUCCCAGUUCAUUUUUACUGCGUCGAGUGAUCACGUGGCUCGACUGUGGCACACGGAGAAGUCUGAUCCAGUCAGAGAGUACCGCGGACACACCAAGCCAGUCACCGCACUAGCCUACAAUGACAGCAAUAGUCGAUGAACGGAUGUAUAUACAUACAUACACAUGUAUGACCGAUCAACUGCACUUUACACAUCGUUGUUUUUCACAAUCAUGUUUUGUAUCGCAAAUAGUCAUGUGUUGAAGAAUUCCUAAACCCCUGUUGUGGUAAACGUCUGCUCAAGCACUAUAUAUACUGUGUACACAAAACGACAAUGUUUAAAAAGACAAUGCAUACAAGAUAAAGUAAACGGAGUAAACGUCACGUGCAGAAGACUUGUUUACAGAGAACUAUAGAUGCAAGGCAUAUGGACUAUCUUUACCUACGAUAAAAGCUGCAUGAUUAUAAAAAAUAAAAGCAAAAUGGCAAAUAGUGUGCAUUAAAAAAAAUCUGAGAUAUAUAUAAGGGACAGGUGUGCAUUAAUAAGAGUGUCAAGCUUCUCUAAGUGGCUCGGAGGAAAGUCGUUGCGAUGGAGAAAUCUCUCGGAGUUCGUUGGAGGGAGUUGACUGGUUACCGUUCACUGGUCUCUGCAGAUCG